AUGCGCAGGCACGCGAAGCACAAGUCCGUGCUCGAGGUGUUAUUCGAAAACGAAGAGGGCUUCGGCGGCGCGGUGACGAAGGAGUUUUACAACAAAGUCGCCGCCGCGCUGCAGUCGCGCGCCGGGAACGUCGAAACCCCGACGUGGGUCAUGGACGAGGACGGCGCGAGCGGCCCAGAACACAUCUGGCACACGAACGGUCUGUUCCCCGCGCCGGCGCCCCCGGGAACCCCCGAGAGCGAAGCCGCGCGAAAGCGCUUCGCCUUCAUCGGAAGGCUCUUCGGCAAGGCGCUCCUCGACGGCCACAUCCUGCCGCUGCCGCUCAACCCGGCGUUCCUUCGCGCCGCGAUCCUCGGCGAGGCGCUCACCGAGGACGAUCUCUCGUCGGUCUUCGACGCGCGGAGCGCCGGCGGCGGCGUCAUCUCGUUCGUUCGCGCGAUCGUCAAGGACGCGCGGCGACAGAGAGAGUGCCUUCGCGUGAGAGACGCGGUGAGGGCGCGCGGCGGCGCGUUUCCGCCCGGCGGAAACCCGAGCCUCGACCUCGACCUCGACCUCGACCUCGACCUCGACGGCGGCGGCGGCGUGCGCGGCGUCGAAGAGGUCACGCCGCCGGCGAAGCGCGUCCGCGCGUGCACCCCGGACGAUGCCGUCGACGCCGACGCCGACGCCGACGCCGACGCCGACGCCGCCGCCGACGACGUCGGGGCGCUGGACGCGAGACUCGAAGAGCUCGCGUACCUCACGUACGCGUGCCCCGUCACCGGCCACGCGCUCGGCGCCGCCGGCGAGGCUGGCGAGGCUGGCGAGGUGAACAUCGCGAACGUCGUGGAGUACCUCGAGGACGUCGUCGCCUACGUGUUUCGCGACGGCGUCGCCGCGCAAAUCGAGGGGUUCCGCGCGGGCGUCUGCGAGGUGUUCCCCGCGGACGCGCUCAAGGCGUUCACCGCGAGGGAGAUUGUCGACCUCGCGUGCGGGAAGGACGCGGUCGCGUGGACGAUGGAUGACCUGAGGCGGUGCGUGUUGCCCGGGUUUCAGUACACCGCGGAGUCGCCGCCGUACAGGUGGCUUCUCGAGACGCUCGCGACCGUUCCGGACGAGACGAAGCGCGCGUUUUUGGAGUUUGUCGCCGUGUGCCCGCGGCUGCCGCCGGGGGGUCUCGCCGCGUUGCCUCGCGGGCCCAUACGCGUGAACCGGAUGGACCCGGUCGGGAAACUCCCGGAGGGGAGGACGUGCUCGCAGGAGCUCAGGUUGCCCGCGUACGCGAGCAAGGAAGAGCUCGCGAAGAAGCUGACGCUCGCGCUCGAGUACCGAGAUCACCUCGGGAUUCAGUAGAGCGCGACGAGGCGCUCGCUGAUGAAUGAUGAGUUGCCGAAGAGAGAGAGAGAGAUUCUUUUUUUAGGGAUAGGGAUGCGACCUGUAGGGGGCUUCGUCUUCGCUUCCACGGGGGCUGCGAAGGAACGAACGCCGAUUGUUGUACCAACGCUUCGCGUUGACGAUAGAAGAGUGUUCAUCACGACGUGAGAACGACGACGAC